AUGGUCGCGCUGGGUGGUAGCAUCAAUCCCACGAGCGCGCCCAUUACCACUGCCAGUUUUCUUCCUCCCGCGACGUCGACCCUCAGAGCAUGGCAGCGUGUCGCAGUCCCCGUGUCCGGCCCCGGAGCAGCACGAGACCGCAAGAUCUGGAAGCGCGUCGGCGGAGCCGCGUACGGAUACGGCGUCGAGAAAUUCGCAGAGGUUGCUGCUGAGCUGAAGAGCCAGGGCUAUGGUUCCCGGAAGCGCGCGAGGGACGCUGCGCAUGUGCCCGCAUACGGUAGCGGGAGCUGGGAUCUGAAGAUCCGGGAGCACCAAGAUGGCAGAUGGGAUCUGGUCACGGCGAGAGUCUCAGUUGCAGCAGCGAAAGAAGCAGACGAUCGCAUGGUCGAACAGUCAUCUGCGAACAUGACGCCCAAGCGGAAGUCGACUUUCCCCGAGCAAAAGCUCAAGUGGGUUCCCAGGAAGCGACACAACACGCGCUACCCCAUCGACCCUCCGCAGAAGGAGACGCCUAUGAUUGCCGAAUACCAACCCCUGAUCAACAUCGACGUUACCACCGACGAUGUCGAGGCCAUUGCUCAGCAGGCGAUCGUCCAGCAGAUGGACAAGAAACAGAUGCGGAGACGGUCAACCCGCAGGCUGAGCCGACGCAUCAGCCUGGCGCCUAUUCAGGAGACUGCCGACGAGAGUCCUAUCAUGAUCUCGCCCGUCAAGGCCACUCCUUACUACUCCUCGCCCAUGAAGCGUCGGUCGCCUGUCAAGGCCACGCCCAAGAAGGUUGCCAUGUCACCGCUGAAAGAGUUCACCCUGUCCGCGACUCCGACAAAGGUUACUAUCGAGACCGCCAGCACCAAGACUCCCGCUGGAUCUUCCCCGAGCGCGCUCUCAACGCCGCAAACCAUCAAUGGCGAGAUUAAAGCCUUGUCCCGACUGGCCGACAGCAGUUCACCUCUUUUGAGCGAGUUCUCGUCUCUGGUCUUUGAUCAACCCAACCCCGAUGCUCAUGUUGAGCCAGAGCAUGAGGCUAGGCGCCGCGUGUCUCUGCAGAAUGCCCGCCGAUCCGAUCGACGAUCCAGCGGAGUGCGGAGACUGCUCUCUUUCGAAACGCAGAAGGCUCCCGGCCGUCGCCACAGCAUGAUGCCUGGUAGUGCCGAGGCGUCUGAGGCCAAGGGCCGGAGACAUACCCUCGACGUCUGCCUUGCGGGCGACCAGGAGAUUCGCCUCGAUGUAACUUCUCCCACGGCAGAACAGCAGGUCGAAGCCAAUAUGGAGAACUUGAACGCCAACGAUGGCUCCAUCUCCAAACCGGAAGCGCAAACUGAACCGCAGGCUGGCCCCGUCGACGUGGAUGUCAAGAACAAUCUCGACAUCUUUGGCCAGAGCCCGAUGACAAUGUCGUCUCCGCAAAUGAGCUCGACGCUAACCCAGGCCGAAGAAGCAACCAUCCCGUCCUCGUCCCCUGUCAAGGCUGGAUCAGAUGUGAUUCACCAAUCAGGGUCGCCCAUUCACAACGCUCUGGGCAUUGUUGAGGAUGUCACUUUGCCUGACGCUUCGGUGGCCGAACCUCAAUCGAACCAAGAAGAAUCGCAUGACUUGUCCGAGUCACCCAUGCAGGACUUUACCCCCACCAAUUCUUCGCCCUCUGCGAUCGACUUGAGCACCCCGGAAAAGAUUUCUACCGAGAUGUUUACUACACUAUCUACACCCAUCACCAAGGGCAGGGCCCUUUCAUCACCUCUAAGGUUUUCGUCGGCAAAGAAGCUGCCCACCCCCCCUGGCGAGGAACACAACGCCGACGUUGAGUCACCUGUCGAGGCGACACAGCAGGACAUGCAGGAUGUAUUUAUGGACGACAGAGAUCUCGACGCCGACGAGGAAAUGUCUGAUACCGAUGCUGAGGCCACUGCCACGAUCACCACCGAUCUUGCCCAGGAGGUCGCGCAAAUCAUGGAGGGAUCCAAUGAGUCGGCAUCAGCGUCGCCCAAUGCCUCCAGGUCACAGGAGAGCAUGCAGGCAGAGCUUGUUCAUGAAGAUGGCGGCAUCCAGCGCGGUCCUGACAGUUUGAUCGUCACCGUCAAGGUUGAUACCGAUGUGUUGAUGUUGGCUGAUGCUGAGUCCGCUGAAGAUGUUGCGCAAAUGCCUCUCCCGUCCACCGAGUUUGUCCACGAAGUACAGACAGAAGCCGACGCCAACAUGAUUGAAGAUGAGGCAGAGGAUGGGGAGGUCCACAGCCCCGGAUUCACUCCGAUCAAUGAGCGCUCCAGCAGUAGUCCACUGUCGUCGCCCCCCGAGGAGGUUGCUGAGCCAGACGACACCAUGACUGGCAAUCUGGACUUUGAUGCCGAUGUCCACCCUGACGACUUUACUGAGACCGUGACCCUUGACAUCGAAGCCGCGGAGCAGCAGGAUGAUGCGACCGAGACGAUGAACCUCCAGGUGGAGGAGGAGGUCGCAGAGAAGCGCCUCUCCAUUCAGGACGAUUCCGAAACCGAGAUGCUCCGUCGGUUUGUCACCCGCGUCAAGGCAGACAAGACCGCGAAAGCGGCUGCUGCCGCGCGAGCCAAGACCCUUCGUCCCAAUCGCCGCUCUGGCUCGCUGGGCUCGACUACCUCUGACUCUGGUUCCCCGAUCGCGCGCAAUGAGACCACGCCUCUAUCGGCCUCGAAACGUCUGCCUCUUGGUCAGAAGGAUCAUAAUAUGAGCCCCAGCCCAACCAAGAAGCGCAAGGGCGCGGAUGAGACUGCCCAUCGCGGCAGUCUACUGUCAAAGCCCGACCUAGAGGACAUCUCUCCUCCCAAACCGAAGCGGCGUAGAAAGAAUGCCGAACUCGAGAACGAUAGUGUCUUCAACCCCGAGUUUCAGCCUGGCGGAAAGGGCAAGACUGAGACUGCGGCCACCGACGAUGGCCCUGCGCCCCGGCGAUCGUCCCGCAACAAGACUGCACGGAACCUGCGGUCGACUGCCACGACUGCCAACAAUUCUGCCGUCAUGUCGAUGAUUCCCGUUCGCCUACCUGGCUCGCUGUGCACCGACGACAGCAAUGUCAACCUGGGCAUGCGCCGUAACGAGGAGCGUGACCUCGCGGCCGUGACGCGUCACAAUACUAGGAAGAACAAGGGGGCGUCUGUCCAUCCGUCUGUCGUGAUCUCGCGCCAGCAGGACGACCCCAACUGGCGCAUGAAAGAGCUUAAGGAGGUCUUUGAGGCGCGCGAGGCGGCUGCCGCCGCCGCAGCUGCUCCGGAGGAGGGUGCACCUACUUCGCGGAAGCGCACGCGCGGUGGCAAGGGCAAGGGUGUCCGCUGGGACGAGACUCUGGUUAGGGUCCAGGGUCAGGACGAGGGCCCCGUUGUCAUGAAGGCUGUCACUGCGCCGCUCGACGAGUCUGUUGCACCGCCUCAGGCCGAGGACGCCGAGGAGGCCAAGGAUGAGGCCGAGGAGGAGCGCCUGGAGGUUGUGGCCCCCGAGCCGGCGCGCAAGAAGCAGAAGAAGUCGGCUGCUGCUAUUGCUACAGCCGCCCCGGAGAAGAAGGAGGAGGAGGAGCAGACUGCGGCCAAGGAGAAGGAGGCAGAGCCAGUGAAGGAGAAGGCGCAGCAGCCCGCGGCUCGGCCGCGAACGAGGGCUUCCCGGCUGAGAGCUCCCACGCCGCGGAAGCUGGCGGCGCCCACGGCAGCGGUCGGCAAGGAGAACAAGCCCAAGCUGGAGCCGACGCCGGUCGAGAAGACGGCGGCCCCUGCUCCUGCCUCGGCUGCAAAGAAGGCGCCCCCGGCCGCCGCGCGCAUGGCGACUCGGAGGACCAGGAUCUCGGGUCUGGGUAUGAGCGGCAACGGCACGCCGGCGCCGAAGAGGAGGGCUACGAGGGGGACGGGUGCGUGA